AUGAAUAAAUAUUCUUACCCUCUUAUUGAAAAAAUAUGGGAGAAAAAGAGAACAGAACAGAUGAAUUAUGUCAAGGAAAGUGGACGGUUAUGGAUUGCUGGAGAUGGUCAGUACGAUUCACCUGGUUUUUGUGCCAAAUAUUGUACUUACACUUUUAUGGACAUUAAUUCUGGUUGUACCGAUAAAUGCAAAAUUGAUUUAUUAUUAACCGACCGCCAUGUAGGAAUAAGGCAUUUGUUGAAAACAUCUUACCCAGAAAUCACUCAUGAAUUUGAUUUGUGGCAUUUAUCUAAAAGCCUAAUGAAAAAAUUUAAAACUAUUAAUAAAAAAUACAAAGAAGUUUUGGCAUGGAAGCAAUCCAUAAGUAAUCAUUUAUGGUGGUCGGCACAAACAUGCAAUGGCGAUUCUGAAGUAUUAGUCUCAAAAUUUACAUCUAUAUUGAAACAUAUUAAAAACGUUCAUGAAUGGGAAGAGGAUGGAGUAAAAAAAACUUGUGAACAUCCACCAUUAAGUGAUGAGUACAAAAAACAAAAACUAUGGUUACUUCCUGAUUCUAAACCUUAUGAACUAUUGAAAGAAAUAAUUUGCAACAAAAAGUUUUUGACAGAUUUAAAGCAAACAAAAAAUUAUGUGCAUACAGGAAGAUUAGAGUCUUACCAUAAUUUAAGGUUAAAAUAUGUUCCAAAACGUGUUCAUUUUUCUUUUAAAGCGAUGUACAUAAAAUCAAUAUUGCUAUAA